GCUCGCCUGUUAACAUGGCGAUGCGCUAACUGAAGCUAACGCGUCGAUGCUAUCGGAUCAGAACUACCGGGUCAGGCUGGUACGAAGCCUGAACCCUUUUUAUUCUCUGUCGUCUCUGUGAGUUAGCAUUAGCUUAGCUGCUGCAGCUGAACUUGAAUGGCAAGUUUUUUUGGUCCGUACAUCGCGACGCCGAUGCUCCAAUGCUAAAUUAGCUCAAGCAGCCGCUGUGACGGGGUGAAGUAGACACGGACCAGUUGGAAGGACCGUCAGUAGUUCCGCCAUGCAGCAGACGCUUGACAUCCAAGUUAAAGCCGAAGGGGACGAGCGCCACAUUAACAACACAGAGGAUGCCAGUGAAACCGACCUCGCCAAGCAUGACGAUGAUGAUUAUGUGGAAAUUAAAGAGCAGAUGUACCAAGAUAAACUGGCCUCCCUAAAAAGACAGUUACAGCAAUUACAAGAAGGGUCACUGCAGGAGUACCAGAAGAGAAUGAAAAAGCUGGACCAGCAGUACAAAGAAAGGCUCCGCAAUGCAGAUCUUUUUCUCCAGCUUGAGACCGAACAGGUGGAGCGGAACUACAUCAAAGAGAAAAAGGCUGCGGUGAAGGAGUUUGAUGACAAGAAGGUGGAGCUGAAGGAGAACCUCAUCGCAGAACUAGAAGAGAAGAAGAAGAUGAUUGAGAAUGAGAAAGUGACAAUGGAGCUGACGGGUGAUUCUAUGGAGAUGAAACCCAAUACGACCAGAAAGCUGAGGAGAAGACCGAAUGAUCCGGUCCCCAUUCCAGACAAACGCAGGAAACCCGCUCCUGCUCAGUUAAAUUAUUUGCUAACAGACGAACAGAUCAUGGAGGAUCUGAGAAUGCUAAACAAGUUGAAAUCACCAAAACGUCCAGUAUCUCCCUCGUCUCCGGAGCACCUCCCCACCACCCCCGUGGAGAUCCCGUCCCAGCGCUAUGAGGCCCGCAUAGAGGAAGGGAAGCUCUACUACGACAAAAGAUGGUACCAUAAGAGCCAGGCCAUCUACCUAGAGUCAAAGGACAACACCAAGAUCAGCUGUGUCAUCUGCUCUGUGGGAACCAAUGAGAUCUGGGUGCGGAAGACCAGUGACAGCACCAAGAUGAGGAUAUACCUGGGACAGUUACAGCGAGGAGCCUUUGUGAUCCGGCGACGGUCGGCCGCGUGAUGCCCCCCUUUAACCCUCCAACUCAUCUCUCCGCUUGUGCAUUGACCGCCCCCAGACUCACUCACUCUCUUCCUCUCUCCUUUUUGUCUGUACCUUUUCAACGAGCAGACUCCAGGGGUCCUGUUCAACGCUCCAAUUCCCAUUAGAGAAUGACUUUGAUAAACAAAAAAUGGAAUGCACUUCGCUGCAUUUCUCCCCCACGUCUUUUAAUGUACUGUGGGCAGGGCCAACGUCCCGUUGUGACUACUACUGGUUUGUACCUUUCGCUGUGGUCCUGUCCUUCUGCUCCACGAAGGUCUCUGCUCUGUCCGGCUCCUCAAACUGUCCCAGCCGUAGCUGUGCUCUUCUGCAACAAAGCAAGUUUUCUCCGACAGUGUUUGUAACAUUCCCACCUGCGGUAUGGCUCCGUACCUAAAAUAAUAACAUGGCGACAAAAGUGCACGCACAGACGUGGGGGGGCUGUACCAGAUUGAGUUGGGUGGUUGCGAUGUAGUCACCCAAGGUUAUGUUUUCUUUCUGUUAUCGUAAAUAUAUUUUUGAUAUUAUUCGAAACAUUUAAUUUGGUCGUCAAACUUUGUAAGGAUUAUUUUGUGUUUUUGUCAUUGCAUUCAUGUCAAACAUCAGAUUGAACUAAUAGCUGUGUUUGUAGGAUGCAUCCGGUUGUAUAUUGAUUGCAAGUGUUGCCCUUGGAUUAAACUGUUCUGUUUUUCCUU